CAGAUCAGGGCUCGGGGCGACUGCACCAGCGACUGCACCAGCGAGCUCCACGGAUCCAGAGGCUGGCCAACGCAGCAUGCCAGUGGACUGCCCUGUUUGUGACCGGCAGUUUGAUGCAUACGGCCCGGAAUGCCAACAGCACGUCGAGGCGCACUUUGCCAGCGACGACCAAGUCCCGCUCGACGUCGACGCUGAUCACUACGGCGAUCUGUCCGAAUCCGAGUCGGCCCUGCAACAAGCCGACUUUAGAGAGUGCACAUACGGCACCUGCGAGAAGCUGGUGCCGCAGCGGCAGUGGGAGGCGCAUCUUCUCAGUCACAUCCAAGAGCAGGAGCAGGAGCAGCAGGCCGAUUCAGCAAGCGUACCCGCAGGAGCAUCAACGCCGGUCCACCUUGGCUCGAGUCUGCCCCAUGGGACAUCGCCGCCAAUGUCGAUGAUAUUCAGAGUGCUCGUGGCAAACAUGCGACUGAAGGCACAACUGGGGACCUCGGUAGCGGUGCUAUCGCACCCCAAAACACAAAUCCACUGCACCGAUCCGAGUGUCGAUAAAAAGUGGGGAUGUGGCUAUCGAAACCUACAAAUGCUCCUCUCUUGCCUGCUUGGUAUUCCCGAGUAUGCCGACGCCUUUCGUGACAAGCCACGGCUUACAACGUUAUCCAGCGAAGUGCCCACUGUGUUUGAGCUCCAGCGCUGGAUUGAAGAGGCCUGGUUCCUUGGCUUUGAUCAGGAAGGAGGCCGUCAGCUCCACAACUGCCUUUACAAGACACGCAAAUGGAUCGGCGCCACAGAGAUUGCCGCACUUUUGCUCUCAGUCGGCAUCCGGCCCGAGCUCGUCGAUUUCUACAAGCCCAGCGGGCCAUCCGGAGGACAUCCCAAACUGAUGGACUACGUUCAGAAUUACUAUGGAUCCGACGAAACGCGGGGAGUUCCUGUUUUCACGGCCAAGCCCCCACUCUAUUUGCAGCAUCAGGGGCACAGUCGAACGAUUGUUGGUAUCGAAACAACGAGACGAGGAGACCGAAGCUUGAUUGUGCUCGAUCCGGGCAAGCGCAUUCCGGACCAACUGCUCAACAGGGACAACUUUUCGAUCCCAGAGGUCUUUCGUCCGCUCAAGCUGCUCAGGGUCACCGAGGAUAUGCUCAAGGAGCAUCAGCAGUACCAAAUAGUCUGCAUCAAAGACUCUACCGUGGGUUACCCCAGUACAGAGGAGCAGCAGCUCCACAUGACUUUGAGGAGCAUCCGGAUCCCGUGAUAGCCGUGACCUAUCGCAGCGGCAUCGGGCGAUAUCGGUAGAGAUCACUGGCGUUUGUUUGGCUUGGCCAGCCGGCCUGCCCUGAUUCGGUGAUCUCCCCUGUUGGCGGCCUGGAGUCUGGGCCAAUGGCGGGCAACAUCCGACGGUCUGUCUGCGUCAUCUUGGGCCGGCCUCUGUCGUUCGGUCGAGGCCGCCAAUAAAAGCUGUCGCCGGGCAGCCGUGCAAGAUA